UGGGCCUACCAACAAUACUGCUGCUUCAAUGUGAGAAUUACUAUCCAAAUUCAAGUGAUGGUUGGCUACACACCAAAGAGGCAGAUUCUUUUGCCCACAGCUGUCCUUUUUAAUUUCUAAAAAAAAAGACAGAUUGAGAGGAGGAGGUUGCCAUCAAGAACCAGAUGAAAAACAAAAGAGUAUUCUCUUCUGAAGAGCAGAAAACUGCAGGAGAAUCAUGGAAAAGAUGGAAAUUGAUGACAUCGCUGAUGAUGGCACUUAUAACCUAUUGAAUCAAGGGAACAUUCAUGGAAGAAAGUGGCGACAUAGAUAUGUCUCCAUUUGUCUCGGGUUACUAUGCAUUGUCCUUUUGGCUGGAAAUAUUGGACAACUUGUCUACUCCUACCAAGCCAAACAAGAUAAUAUUACCUGUCCUGCAUCAACAGAUGCACCACAAGCAGCCUAUAAUGCUCUGACUCAAAAUCAAAAUGACAUCCUUGCUGCAGAAAACAGGAGAUUAUGCAGUGAACGUGAUGCCUUGUCUGCAGAGAAGCAGCAGUUUAACGCUAUGCUGAGGAACCUGACCGAACACAAUGAGCAAUUACAUCAAAUUUGCACAUCCCUAAGAAUAGAAAGAGACAAGUUGGGGUUCAGUAUCAAUAAUGUCACAAACAAGAUCAACCUACUCCAAGCUAAUUACAGUGGCUUAAAAACAGCAUGUGGCCAUAUAAAAACAAGCUAUAACGAGCUACAACAGACUUUUAAAGACUUACAAAGUGAUCACAAUAACCUUACUGCAGAUGUAAGUCUGUUAAACACCAAAUACAAAAACCUGCAAACGGAAAAGGAGGAAUUACAAACACGAUUUUCUCUUGAAGUGAAGAGAGUUCAGUCAGAAAGAAACUGCUCUUUUCUGAGGAAGGAGAAGGACCAGCUACAGGAAAGCCUCCAGAUGCUGAAUAGAAGUAACAUUGAAAUUCAGACAAACUACAGUUUGCUUUGGAAAAAUAAAGAAUUACUGACAACAAAGUAUGCUGAGCUGACAAAGGAAAAAGAGGAUUUACAGAUGAGAUGCCAAAAUUUGAUCAACUCCACAGAUAUUUUAAAGACAAAAGACAAGAUAGGAGAAAUUCCAAGCGAGUUGCUCUGUCCAACGCAUUGGAGGUAUUUUAAAACAAAAUGCUAUUUUGUUUCAACGGUGAAAAAGAACUGGACAGAAAGCCGUAGAGCCUGCAUUUCCGAGGGGGCGGAUCUGGUUAUCAUAAACAAUCAUGAAGAACAGAGCUUUGUUCAUGGGAUGCUGCAUAAAGAUCAAAAUGCCUGGAUUGGUCUCACCGACAGUCUCACAGAGGGAGUUUGGAUGUGGGUGGAUAAGACCCCUGUCACAAAAUCGUACUGGCUGCCUGGACAGCCCAACAACUACAGAGGACAGGACUGUGGAGAGAUGGUGCAGACAGAUUCAGGGGGGAAAUGGAACGAUGACGGUUGUUUUUCUCAACAGCUAUGGAUCUGUGAGAAAUAAAUCCAUGAGGUUAACCAGAUCUUACAAACUUGUAUAAUCAUGUUUUAAUUAUGAGAAUGUUUCACAAGAGCAUAAUUUGAACUAUUAUUUCCAUCUAAUGGUGUGACUCAUUAUGUGUCUAAUUUGGCAAGAACCUAAGUUAAUAAGUUAAUCAAACUUACCUUUUCCUAUGUGAUAGAAUUUAUGCUACAAAUGUACAGGUUCCUGUAUUCAGUGUUUAUUUCCUGCCGUUUUAUUUUGUUUUGUUGUGUCAUCACAUUAUCGGAGAUGAUAAGAUCGAAUAUGUUGGAAUAAUAAUUUUAUUAUCAUUUACUGGUGCUUAAACGUAUUAAAGAAGCACAACCUGUUGAAACAACCACAUCUGCUGGUAAAUUGAGAUUGAGAUUUUUAAUUGAUAAUCUAACAUUUCAAAUAUAGUCAUUAUACAGUAUGCUUGUCAUCCAUUAUGCAUUCAGUAAUUAAUUUUGGAUAAUUUCUAAUUUGAAUAUAAAAUAUUGCUUCAUUAUUUAUAAUUUCAAAGUAUAUUUCUUUAGUAAUUAUUUAUAAUAAAAAAAGAAUUAUUACAGCAAUCAGGAUAAUCAAUAUCCAGGUGUGAUUGUAGUGACAGCUCAAUAUUUGAUGGCAAGAAAUUAGUGAAUUUCUCCGCUGUGAGAUCAAUAAAGCUCAUCUAAGCUAGCAGCACCUGUGAAAAGCAUAGAAAAGAUAAACAAAGUUUAUUCUUUGUAGGCUGGUAUGAAAAUUUUCAGUCAUAAUACUUCAAGUUCACCAUUAGAAAAAUAACAUUUCCAGGGUGAUGUUUGACUUUAAGUCAGGCACAUUUAGGUUUGAAGUAUGCUUUGAAAUGUACAAUAUGUUUUACUUUUUUGUUAUUUAACUGGAAGUUAGAUCAAUAUUUUGUGGUGGACCAGCUUACCCUAAAGGAUAAAAAUAAGCUUU